AUGUCCUGGCGCUCUCCGUUCGCCAACUUCUGGCGCCGCGGUUACACCAACGUCGAUAACACUCCCCAAGUCACCGACAACGACUACAGCUACAUCACACAAGAUGAUAUUGUCGACCCACCCGCAAACACGUAUCGCAAUCAAUACGCAGGGGCAGAAGAUACCGAGCCCGACACUCUUAUUCUGAAACACCGCAAGGAAAAGUACGAUCUGCACUUCCCGGCUUACGCUAUCAACGACGGCGCCCUCAGCGUGGGUCAACUGAGACAGCGGGCAGCGGAGGCGACGCGCACCCCUGAUCCGAAGCGGAUCAAACUCCUCUACAAGGGGAAGUUGUUGGACAACGACUCGCUGCCGUGUCGGUCGGAGGGUCUCAAACAACAGUCGGAAGUGCUGUGUGUGGUCUCCGGAGUGGAGCCGGGGGAGAGCUCACCCAGUGAGUUGUCCGAGGCGGAGGCUGACAGGAACGCGGAUUCCGCCCGUCAGGAGGGAUCUGGUCGCAAGAAGUCGGGCAAGAACAAGAAGCGCAAUGGCAAGAAUAAGAAGAAGGGUGGAAAGCAGGCCGACGGCUCAAAUACCCUCCCACCUCCUCCCGCCGCCGCCGCUGAACCUCCACGCCCGUCCAACGGAACCGGCAUGCCGCCCCCGGCGCCCAAUUUGAAGCUGUUCAGCAACCCGCUCGACCAAGUGAACGCACUGUCGUCGUAUCUGCAGCGGGAGCUCGUCCCUCUCUGCGAGGAAUACAUCACGAACACACCGGCGGAUGCCAAGUCACGCGAGUUCGAGUAUAAAAAGCUGACCGAGACGAUCCUGGCGCAGGUUCUUUUGAAUGCGGACAACAUCAACCCCGAUGGUGUGCAGGAAAUCCGCGAUGCGCGUCGGGCACUUGUCAAGUCAGCUCAGAACGCGCUCAAUAGCCUGGACCAGGUGAGCAGGUCUUGA